AUGAGACUUUGGGUCUUGGUAAUUCCAGCAAUUCUCAUACCUUCCACAUCAGCUACAUUUAGCAAAUCAUCUUGGGGCCUGGAAAAUGAGGCUUUAAUUGUGAGAUGUCCCAGACAAGAAAAAUCUCGGUACCCUGUGGUCUGGUAUUACUCAAAAACCAACAAACAUAUUACCACCCAGAGAAGAAGUCGUGUAGUUGCCUCAGGGGAACGUCUUAAGUUUCUCCCAGCCAAAGUCAAUGAUUCCGGAUUUUAUACUUGCAUUAUCAGAAGUCCUACCUCCAAUAAGACUGGAUAUGUGAAUGUCACCAUUUAUAAAAAACAACCAGGUUGUGAUAUUCCAGACUUUCUGAUAUAUUCAACAACAUCUGGAUCAGAAAGAAAUUCCAAAAUAUAUUGUCCUACAAUUGACCUCUACAAUUGGACAGCGCCUGUGGAGUGGUUUAAGGUAAAAGGAAACGUGCAGGAAAUAGAUGAAAAUCACACCAUCAGAAUAGGUGGAAGUAAAGAAUUACUGAAAGUGGACUGGAACUUUUCAUUUCAGAAUUGUGAAGUUCUUCAAGGACCCAGGUACCGAGCACACAAGUCAUUUUUGCUGAUUGACCGUGCAAACAGCAAGGACACUGGUGAUUAUACAUGUAAAUUUAUGCACAAUGAAAAUGGAGUCAAUUAUACUGUGACUGCAACCAGGUCAUUCACAGUUAUUGAUAAGCAAAGCUUUUCUUUGCUUCCAGUAAUUAUAGCCCCUCCACAGAAUGAAACAAAGGAAGUGGAAAUUGGAAAACCAGCAAACCUAAGGUGCUCUGCUUGCUUUGGGAAAGGCUCUCAGACCAUGGCUGACAUCCUGUGGCAGGUUAACGGAAGCAACGUUGAGAACUUCGGUGAAGCAAGAAUGCAAGUGUUGCAAGAGCAAACUCAAAGUUCUCGCAGCAAGCUGACUUGCCUAAACGCCGUGUUAAGAAUAGCGGAUGUAAAGGAAGAGGAUUUCUCACUGAAGUACGACUGUCUGGCCAUGAAUUUCCGUGGCCUGAUCACGCACACCGUAAGACUAAGGAGGAAAAAUCCAAUGGAUCAACAAAGCACCUACUACGUGCUUGCAGGAUUUAGCAUAUUAUUCUUGCUAAUCAAUGUCUCGGUGGUAAUUCUAAAAGCAUUCUGGAUUGAGAUUAUUCUGCUCUGGAGAGACAUAGCUAGACCUCACAAAACUAGGAACGAUGGGAAGAUCUAUGAUGCUUACGUGAUCUAUCCACGGAACUGUAAAAACAGUCCAGAGGGGGCCAGCUCUGUGGAGUACUUUGUUCACCAGAUUCUGCCUGACGUUCUUGAAAAUAAAUGUGGCUACGACUUGUACAUUUAUGGGAGAGAUCUGCUCCCUGGAGAAGGUAAAACUGUCAACAACCAUCAGGGACAGAAAUUCACAUUCAUCAGAAGGAUAAGUAAUAGGUGGUCUUAUCCCUGCCAUCAUCAGGAGCUGCAAUUAUUAUUCCAGGUCAUAAGACUAGAGCUUUUCAAUAUUUCUCCAGGAGAAGGAGACGUAGCUACCACAGUGGAAACCAGCAUUCAGAAGAGCAGGCGGCACAUCUUCAUCCUGACCCCUGAGGUCACGCACAGCAAGGAGUGUGCCUACGAGUGGGAGAUCGCCUUGCACAACACCCUCAUCCGGAACGACUCCAAGGCCAUCCUGAUUGAAAUGGAGGCUCUGUGCCCGCCCAGCGGACUGCAGUUUGGGGAGCUUCAGGACUCCCUCAAGCAUCUUGUCAAAGUGCAGGGGACCAUCAAGUGGAGGGAGGACCUCGUGGCCAACAAACAGUCUCUGAAUUCCAAGUUCUGGAAGCACAUAAGGUACCACAUGCCGGUGCCAAGCCGACUUCCAAGAAAGACUCCCCGCUCGGCAUCCUCGAGCGCCCAGGGGCAGCAGUGCUUGCUUUGA